AUGGCAGCGAGUCACCAAGCUCCGGCACCACCAGUGGCGGUACCUCCAGCUGCAGCUCACGAGAACGAUGGGAAGUAUCUUGACAGAGAUGGGUGGAUUUAUCGAUGUGAACAAUUCUUUGAAUAUGAGGGAACGAGUGAUGAGAAGAAGGUUAGAAUAGUAGCUAUUAACCUAGAAGGUAGGGCAUUGCAAUGGCAUCGAGCAAUGAUGAAGGGACGAGUGGGAAUGGGAUUACCCAAUUGGAAUGACUACCUUAGGGGGUUAUACCACAGAUUUGGCCAUGCCAUACAUGAGGAUCCUAUGGCGGAGCUAAUUAGCUUGAAACAAACGGGGAAUGUGCAUGAUUUCUUGGAUUCUUUUGAUGGGCUGUUAAACCAAGUCGAGUUAUCUGAGGCAUACUCUAUCAGUUGUUUUUUAAAGGAGUUAAAACCAGAAAUAGAGGUGCAAGUGAGGAUGUUAUCUCCACGAACUUUAACAAAGGCCUACAUCUUAGCCAAGUUAGCUGAACAUUCACUGAACUUGCAAAGGAAUCAGAGGAAUUUUAGACCCUUAUUACCAACUCCAACUUCUUCUGGGAAUUCAAACCCCAGAGGGAACCUACAGAUUCAGGGAGUUGGGAGUAGCAGAAGUGUAGAAGGGAACAAAUUCCUUGGUUCAAAUGGAAAGUCUGUAGUGAGGGGAUCUAAGAAGCUAUCCACAACUAAAAUGGAUGAAAGGAGAGCCCUAGGGUUGUGUUUUUGGUACGAUGAGAAGUUUGUUCCUGGUCAUAAUUGCAGGGGAAAGAAGCAAAUGUACCUGCUAGAAAUAGGAGAGGAAGAGGAAGACUGGGAUAUUGCUGAAAAUUUUAGUGAGAAGGAGAAUAAAGAGGAAUCAGCUCUAAGUCCUCAGAGGUCUGUUCAUGCACUCGAUGGAAUAGUGGAUUAUAGAACAAUGAGGGUAAAAGGUGGUGUAAAAGGAAAGAUGGUACAUGUUUUGAUAGACACAUGGUCCACCCAUAACUUCAUGGACCUGGAUGUAGCUAAGAGAUUGGGGUGCAACCUGGAGACUAUUCCUCCAUUUUCUGUGGCAGUUGCCAAUGGCAGCAAGAUUCACAGUAGGUACAUGAGCAAGGGAAUUACAUGGAAGAUGCAAGGAGUGAAAUUCAGAUCUGACAUGGGAUAUAAAAUGGAACUUCAUGCAGUUGAAGAUGGAGUUCCAGAUUGUGGGAAAAAGGUGUCACUCAGAAGUAGCCAGCUAGGUGCUCCUAAGUUGUUAGACAAUCACAAGAUGCAAAGGUUACUACACAAAUCUGGGGAGUUGAGCAUGAUGAUCACAACCUAUGUUCAACCAAUCAAGGGUGAACUUGCUACUCUGAAUUCCCAACAAGUGCAGGGUUCUGAUGACGUGCAGAAGUUACUGAGCAAACACACUGGUCUCUUUGAAGCACCUAGAGCUUUACUUCCUCACAGAAGUCAUGAUCACAGGAUUAUACUCAAAGAAGGAACCUCAUCUAUCAAUGUCAGACCUUACAGAUAUGCUGCUAACCAAAAGGAUGAGAUAAAAAGAAUGAUCAAAGAGAUGCUGGAUUCUGGUAUUAUCAGGCCUAGUGUAAGUCCCUAUUCCUCACCUAUUGUCAUGGUCAAAAAUAAAGAUGGCACUUGGAGACUUUGUAUAGAUUAUAGGCAAUUAAAUAACUGCACUGUUAAGGACAAAUUUCCAAUUCCUGUGAUAGAGGAACUGUUAGAUGAAUUGGGAGGGGCAAAGUUUUUCUCAAUACUAGACUUAAGGUCUGGUUAUCACCAGAUUAGGAUGGCUGAUCAAGACAUUGAAAAGACAGCUUUUAGAUCUCAUAAUGGAUACUAUGAGUUUGUGGUUAUGUCAUUUGGCUUAACCAAUGUAGAGUACUUGGGUCAUAUUAUCACUCAACAAGGGGUAGAAGCUGACCCAGGGAAGGUGAAGGUAAUGGUGGAAUGGCAUGUGCCCAAAACUGUGAAGGAACUCAGGGGAUUUCUGGGUUUAACAGGUCAACAGAAAUGGGUUGCUAAACUUAUGGGGUAUGACUACAACAUCAUGUGCAAGAAAGGAAAGGAGAAUGUAGCAGCAGAUGCUCUGUCAAGGUUCCCUAUGAACAACAUUCAACUAUUAACUAUCUCUACUCUGUCCUCAGACUUCCUUGCAAGAGUGCUAUCAUCUUACUCAGGAGAUCAACAUUUACAGCAGCUGGCAACUCAGCUUAGUCAGAAUGCAUUAGCCAGUCCUAUCUAUUGGCUAAAAGAUGGCAUCAUAUACAGAUAA